AUGACUCAACAUCACUGUGAUUCUGUACUAUCCACAUCGUCACCCAUAUCAUCCUCAUUCUCUUCUGUGGAGUCUCUUGCCGGCAAGGAAUUGGAAAAUCAUUCUUCCUCCAGUGUUGGUGUUGGUGCCGAAUCAGAUAUUCAAUAUAAUAAUAACCAACAAGUACAACAUGAAUCAUUGUCUAAUAACAUGCAUCCAAAUCAUCAUCAUAAUACCACAACUACCACUAGUAAUGUCGACGAGCCAAUACAUAGACCAUCACUGAGGAAAAAUAGUACAACGGACGAAUUUUUUCUACCACUUUCAUAUAUUCACUUUUCAGGUUCUUCGAGUAUACCUGAUUAUUGGAAACCAUUCAUGUCAUUACAAAGCUUUUUAUUGGUGGGAAUUGUUUAUUUUGCUUACUUUUUGAAUAUAUUAUACUGUUUUCAUAGUGGUGGAAUGACUAAUGGACUGUUGAUGUUGCUGGUGAAUGCAUCAACAGUGGGUGUUAAUUUUUAUUGGUUUUUCUAUACUGUGAAUCCAAAUGUGAAAGUUUUGAUUUUCAAUUUAUUAAUGUUUACAUGCAGAUUUUCACUAGUUCAUAACAAAAUGAUGGUUCUGCCCAGUGUCUUUUCAACAAUAACUACAACUUCAAAGGGAAGUUUAAAUAGUCCUUUUAAAGCAUUCUUUCCAAUAGUAUACACAUGUGCUCAUUAUUUUAUUUGGGGUAUGGCAAAGUAUGAAUUUAACUUGAUGGACAUGGAUUCACUGUUAGAGUUUUUAUUUCAUUAUGGAACUUUGAUAAUUUCCGCAUUGCUUUUUGGAAUUUAUAAUUUAUACUUGAUGAUUCAGUUAUCAUCAGAGUGUAAGGCAAUGAAGGAGGCAACUAGAAAAAUUCAAACAGCACUCGAUGUUAAAUCAGAUUUCCUCAGUCACAUCACUCACGAGUUUAGAGUCCCUUGUUUAUCAAGUUUGGGUUCGAUAUCACUGCUUAAGGAAACUGAAUUGGCACCACAACAAUUGGAUUUCAUUGCCACUAUAGAAUCUGCCAACAACAUUUUGUUAUCACUUAUUGAGGACAUUUUACUUUUUGCCAAGACAGAACAUGAUGUAAAUCAUCCACCUAAGGAAACCAGCUACAUAUCUUUCAGCUUGUUCAACUCCAUCAAUUCACUCUACUCUCUCACAAAGGGCUAUGCCACCAACUUUAAAGUGGAUGUGAAAUUUUACAUUGAUAAGAAUAUUCAAAAUAUGAAAGUUUUCUUCAAUCACACCAAAUUGCAGCAGUGCCUAUCCAAUCUUCUCACAAAUGCCAUCAAGGCCUCAAAACCAAACGAUACAGUGCAAUUAAAAUGUGAAAUCCUAGGCAAUGGCCAAAAUGAGGGAGAAACCAUUUUCCAAUUCCAAGUUAUUGAUCAUGGAAUUGGUAUUCCUAAAGAAAGACAAAAAGAUUUAUUCGUUCCAUUUGCUCAAUUGCAUCAAAUCAAUGAAGAUUUGGUUCCUAGCUCUGGACUCGGAUUGGUAACAUGUCUCAAUAUUGUAAAAUCCGUGAAUGGAACAAUUGAUCUAUUUUCUGAGAAUGGAACAACAAUAUUUACUGUACAAAUUCCAAUGAAAGCUAGCAAUAUCGAACAAGAAGAUAUACUUAACUUUUUUGAAGAACCAUCCAAACUGAAUACUUCUCUCAAGAGACAACUACAAGUUCACACAGAUUAUCUGUACAGAAUGGAACAAGAUAAGAAAAUUUUAACAAACAGAGAAUCUAAUCCUAAUAGCUCCUUACCAAAAAUUAUCCUAGCAGAAGACAAUUUUGUCAACAGAAAAGUCCUCAUUAAAUUAUUCGAAAGUUUGGGGCAGAGUUUAGAUUCUGUGCGAGAUGGAAAGGAAUUAGUUGAUUCAUUCAAACCUGAACAACACAAAUUAAUUAUCACCGAUAUGCACAUGCCUAUCCUUAAUGGUUUAGAAGCAUCCAAAGUUAUCAGAGAAAAACAUCCCAAUUCAAAAAUUGUAAUGAUUACAGCUGAUGCUCUAAUUAAUAUUUCUUCCUAUUUGGAAGUUGUUGAUAAAGUUAUCAGCAAACCUUGCAGCAAGGAUGAUUUGAAGAAAGUAAUUAGUGAGUAUCUCUAAUAAAACAAUCAUCUUAACAG